UUGUCUCAAGUGCAAACUAUAAAAUUACAAAACUUCACCUCACUCAAGAUUCUAGAGUUUAGCCCUUUUACAAUAUAAAUUUGAAUUGAAUCUAGUGUGUCUAUAGCAGAUGUCGAAUCACCGCAACAAGAAACAACAACUAGUCGAUUAUUUCAAAAGUUCCUUAAAAAAAUGUCCAAAAUUUCUCACCUUUUAUAUUCCAAACUCUAUCCCACCACAGAGAAAUUUUUUCAAACACCAUGAGUGCAAGUUCUUAUGGUUUCCCCAUUCCAUCAUCGCUUUUGCCAAGCGAUGCAUCUCCCGAGUGGAACAACAAAGCAGAUAAUGCAUGGCAACUAACGGCGGCAACCUUGGUGGGCCUUCAGAGUGUUCCUGGGCUUGUCAUCCUGUACGGCAGCAUGGUUAAGAGAAAAUGGGCUGUGAACUCAGCCUUCAUGGCCCUGUACGCCUUUGCUUGCGUGCUCAUUUGUUGGGUUUCAUGGGCCCAUGGCAUGGCAUUUGGAAGUGAGCUUUUGCCAUUCGUGGGAAAGCCCAACCACGCUCUGAGUGGGAAGUUUCUGCUAGCGAAGUCGAGUGCUGGGUACUUUCCAAUGGCUGACUUCGUGUUCUAUCAAUUUGCUUUUGCCGCAAUCACUGUUGUGUUGCUUGCAGGGUCUUUGCUGGGGAGAAUGAACUUCUAUGCGUGGAUGUUGUUUGUUCCUUUGUGGCUCACGUUCUCUUACACUGUUGGUGCAUUCAGCAUAUGGGGCAAAAAUGGCUUCCUCCAGGGAAAAAUAAUCGAUUAUGCUGGUGGCUUCGUCAUUCAUUUGUCUUCUGGCAUUGCAGGUUUCACAGCUGCUUAUUGGGUUGGUCCAAGAAUUUCAUACGACAGGCAAAACUUUCCACCAAACAACAUAAUUCACGUGCUGGGAGGUGCAGGGUUUUUGUGGAUGGGUUGGACAGGUUUUAACGGUGGAGCUACUUUCCAAGUGGGAGAAAUUGCAUCGUUGGCCAUCUUCAACACCCAUCUAUGUACUGCAACAAGCCUACUGGUUUGGCUUACAUUGGACAUGAUGGUAUAUACCAAGAGCUCGGUCAUAGGAGCCGUACAGGGAAUGAUCACUGGCCUCGUUUGCAUCACACCAGGUGCAGGCUUGGUGGAUUCAUGGGCAGCAGUGUUGAUGGGAGCUUUGUCUGGUUCCAUUCCAUGGUACACUAUGAUGGUGUUACACAAAAAAUCAGCAUUCUUUCAGAGUGUGGAUGAUACAUUAGGAGUCUUUCACACUCAUGCUGUGGCUGGUGUUCUUGGGGGCCUUCUUUCUGGCGUGUUUGCCAAACCCGGGCUUCUAAGAAUAUUGUAUAGCGAUGAUCAGUAUGGUCCAGGCUUAAUCUAUAGCUUCUCUAAGGGGGAAUCAGUGGGUGAAGGGAUGAGGCAAAUAUGGUACCAGUUAGUUGGAGCAGGGUUUAUUAUUGUUUGGAAUGUGGUUGUUACUAGCCUGGUUUGUGUUCUUAUAAGCCACAUUGUGGAUCUUAGGAUGCAAGAAGAGGAGCUUGAGGUUGGUGAUGAUGCUGCUCAUGGGGAAGAAGCAUACGCAUUGUGGGGUGAUGGAGAGAGAAUGAGAGUCCCUCUUCGUCUCCAUAUAAGUCCAACCAUUCCUUCUCUGUGCCGGCGAAGGUUUUCUAUUCCUCUCACCAGGAAUGAAGAAGAGUAGAUGUUGCAUUAUACUUGGAUUCUGGUAUCUGUUGUAAGUUCAUUAAAUGGAAUGAAGCUAUUUUUGCAAGUAUGAUUCACUUGUUUUUGUAAAAAUGGCUUAUGCAAUUUGCAUCUUUUUCGAAGAUGCAGAAGAAUAUUG